AGCCAGCCUGAUCUGACCAAUGCAUGUGCGCUGGUGCGGCGAGUACUUGGGACUUGCAAGCAAACUGUCGAGAAAGAAGUGCUGCGAAGCGUUGGUAGCGCGAUGAACGCUCACAAGAAGCGAAAGACUGCGGGCGGAGCUGUUGCUUCGCCUACUUCUCGCUCGCCCUCUCCAGUCGAUUCUGACAAUGAGAGCGGUUUGGCAUCUCCUUCCAAAGCAGGGCAAAUGCCCUCCACAGGCACCACUGCUUCCAUGAACAAGCCCCGCCCAGCGCGCAAGCAAAUCACACCAGAGGGACUGGAGGCCAUCAAGGCAGCUGCGGACAAGUCUGCGCAGUCAGGCGUCACAUACAAUCUCUGGUACAACAAGUGGGCCGGGGGUGACUCGUACGAUGCAGCAGCAAACAAUCGAAAAGCUGAAACGAGGUGUGACAUAUCGAGGGAUAGCGGGUAUACGAGGGGGGAUAUCAAUGGCGGUGCAUAUGUCUGCCUCUUUUUUGCAAGGGGGUAUUGUCCAUUAGGAGCGGACUGCACCUAUUUACAUCGACUACCGCCGCCCAUCCCCUUGCCAGAUCAAGGUCGAGACAUCUUUGGACGCGAAAAGCAUGGCGACUAUCGCGAUGAUAUGGGCGGUGUCGGCUCGUUGCAGCGCGUCAACCGAACCCUUUACAUUGGCCGCGUCCACGAGGAACCACGUUUGUCUGGAGGUGGGGGAGCUACAAAUGGUGUGAACUGGAGAGACAGCGGGAGGACAGCAAAAGGCGGAAAGAGCGCCGGCGGCAAGGGCGGGAGUCUCAUGAAGCACAGCUACGAUGACCUCAGUCUAACCGAGAAGGUCCUUUGGCGCCAUUUUAGCGAGUGGGGAGAGAUUGAGCGGAUCCGUAUAUUGCAUGGCCGAGGCUGUGGUUUCGUGACCUACAAGACUGAAGCAGGUGCCCAAUUCGCAAAAGAGGCAAUGUCGCACCAGUCGCUCGACCACGACGAGAUCCUUAACGUGCGAUGGGCGACGGAAGACCCGAAUCCUGGCGCUAAGAAAGAGCAUCAUCGGACCAUGGUGCGUGAGGGUGUGCUCAAGAUGGCCGAGAUGAUGACAGAGGAGCAGCGUGAGGCGGGCGAAGCCAUCAAGAGACUGGAGGGUGAGAGCGGGAUUCGGGAGGACCGGCUGAUCGAAAAUAUCGGCCAACGAAGAGGGCGCCACAAUGAUGACCCCGAGGACGAGGCGAAGCGCAGACGACUAGAGGAAGAGGAUGCAGCAGACGCGAUGCAACGACUCUUGGAGGAGAAUGCACGAGGUUGGGCAGAGAUAGAGGGGGCGAAAGAACAACAAUCAACCCCACUGCAAGCAUCAGCCGCUAGGGGCGUGCCUCAAACCGUGGCGCCAUCAGCAAAGGGCCUGCUUUCAUCCGACGCGCUCUCCCGAUUGCAUCAGCUCAAAUCGAUGCAGGCUGUUGCUUCGAAGAAAAAAGAGGCUGGCUUGAGCAGCUUAGCCGCAUAUGGCUCGGAUAGCGAGGACGAGUAGCUAGCAAGGUGCAAUCACAAUACGUCUGCCACGCGUCUCUCGGUCGCGCAGACUUCGCUACAUGCUAUCUUGUCCGCGUGCUUCGUCGAGUUCCCUGAGCAACAGUUGCCAUCACACUCUUCUGCGCUUUUGCUUGUCCACUUUCGAGGGCAGGCAGUUGGGGCGUUUUGGCUCUUGAACGUGCUUGGAUGCGAGGCUUCUUCGAGCUUUUCUGCUCGCUGUCCGAUUUGCGCUUGCUGGGUGCACCCGCAAAUCUUGAUUUUGAGGGUGGGUUCUUCGGGCCCUGCUCUUCCCCUGGCUUAGCCGUUUCCUGUUUUUUCGC